AUGACACUCCAGCUGCACGCGAUCGGCGCCCUCGGCCAGCGUGGCACCUCGCCCGUCAAGCUCGACGUGCACUCCUCCUUCCCCUCGGGCGGCUUCCUCCUCCCCUUCUCCGACGGCGACUCGUCCCGCACCGCUAUCUCCACCCGCACCUCCGGCCGGCUCACGCACGGGACGGCGCGCACCGACGGCACCGACACCGCGCGCACGGACGGGGUCGACACGGCGCGGCUCGACGGCACCCUGACGCCGCGAGGGACGCACGUGCUGCUCACGCGCGCCGAGGAGAAGCAGUACAAGUGGGCGAUCCGCCGCUCCGACUUCAAGGUCAACGAGCGGCUCGGCGCCGGCGCGUACGGCGAGGUCUGGGCAGGGAGCUGGCGGCGGAACGACGUCGCCGUCAAGCUGCUCACGCGGGGCAGCGGCAGCGGCGACGCUGACAAGGGGAAGCAGGACUUCUUGCGCGAGAUGCAGCUGCUCUCGGAGCUCCGCCACCCCAACAUCGUCCGCUUCCUCGGCGCGUGCCUCGACAUGCAGCACAUGUGCAUCCUGUUCGAGCUCUGCCCGCGCUCGCUCUUCGACCUGCUCUACAAGGAGCCGUACACGCGAGAAGAGCUCAACGAGCACUACAUGCUCGUCGUGGCGCUCGGCAUCUACUACCUCCACCACUGCGAGCCUCCCGUGCUGCACCUCGACCUCAAGUCGGCGAACGUGCUCCUCGACGAGUCGGGCACCGCAAAGGUGCGCGAGGGGGGAGGCGCCCCGGACUGCGAGCCGCAGAGGUCUCACCGCGCGGGCCUCGUGCACCGCGCAGGUUGGACCGCGCCCGAGAUCCUGCGCGGCGGCCGGUACGACGAGAAGGCCGACUCGUACUCCUUCGGCGUGCUGCUCUACGAGGUGCUCGCGCGGCAGCUGCCGUACGUAGGGCAGGACACCUCGACCAUCAUCAUCGGGGUCAUCACGCGGAUGCUGGAGCGGCCGGCGCUCGAGCCCGCCGACGCGGCGCGCUGGCCGGCGCGCCUGCCCGAGUUGAUGGAGGAGUGCCUGCGCGAGGAGCCGGCCGACCGACCCGAUGUCGAGGCGCCACACGUACCGCGCCCAUGGCCCCCCCCCCCCUCCCCCCCCCUCGCCCCCAACCCGACCCUCUGA